AUGGAAGUUACCUUCCUCUUAAAUCACCAGCAGGGAUCAGCAGGAGCAAUAGCAGGAAGUGUUGUGGCUGGUGUAGUGGCACCUGUCUUGGGUGUCUUGUUAUUCUUGUUUUAUAGGCGAAGAAAGGCGAAACAGAAUACACUGCGGCUAGCCAGUACAAUAUUAAUGCAAAAGGUGACAUCAUCGGCCACUCAAGCUGACGUAGCUUCAUUAGCUGCUGGCAUUACAGUUGACAAAUCAGUCGAGUUCACAUACCAAGAACUUUUUAAUGCUACAGAAGGCUUCAACAUAACUCAUAAAAUUGGACAAGGUGGUUUUGGUGCUGUCUAUUAUGCUGAGCUUGUAGGCGAGAAAGCCGCCAUAAAGAAAAUGGACAUGCAAGCUACUCAGGAGUUUCUUGCCGAGUUAAAGGUUUUGACACAUGUUCACCAUCUAAAUCUGGUGCGCUUGAUUGGUUAUUCCACAGAGAGUUCUUUGUUCCUUGUCUACGAAUUUGUCGAGAAUGGCAACUUAAGCCAGCAUUUGCGUGGAACUGGUUAUGAGCCUCUUUCUUGGGCUGAAAGAGUUCAGAUUGCACUAGAUUCAGCAAGAGGUCUUGAGUACAUUCAUGAGCAUACCGUUCCAGUGUACAUACAUCGGGACAUCAAAUCCGCAAACAUCUUGAUAGACAAGAACACCCGUGCAAAGGUUGCAGAUUUUGGUCUAACAAAGCUUACAGAAGUUGGUGGUGCAUCUUUGCAAACACGUGUUGUUGGUACAUUCGGUUACAUGCCUCCAGAAUACGUUCGAUACGGCGAUAUUUCUCGUAAGGUUGAUGUGUAUGCCUUUGGCGUUGUCUUGUACGAACUUAUCUCAGGCAAAGAUGCCAUUGUCCGACCAACCGAUGGAUCUGCUAGUGCUUCAAGGGGACUGGUUUAUCUGUUUGAAGAGGCUCUCACUGCACUGGAUCCGAAAGAAGGCCUCCAGAAGCUGAUCGAUCCAAAGCUGGGAGACGACUAUCCCGUCGAUGCGAUUCUCAUGAUGAUGCACCUGGCGAACGCAUGCACAACAGAGGACCCCAAGCUGAGGCCCACAAUGAGGUCUGUGGCCGUCGCGCUGAUGACGCUCUCUUCCAUGAGCGAGUUCUGGGAUAUGAAAAACCCGGGCUUGGUGAACCUCAUGUCCGGGAGAUGACCUCCUUACCCACAUGUCUCCCCUGGCUGGCAUUGUAGAUCAGGGCACAUUCCUUCCUGUCAAGAAGCAAACACACGCCUUGCAGAGCCCUUUUUUCUUCCAUGAAAGCUAAAUAGGAAAUUAGAUACUUUUUUUUUUCAAAAAGGAGGAUAACCUCCAGCCUCUGCCUAGGAAAUUAGAUACAUGCCAUGAGACAUGUGCAUGUGUGUCACGCACACCAGGUCACCCUGUGCAUUUCAAAACCAAACCGAAAAACCAUACCGAAAAUAAACCGAACCGAACCGAUUUUAUGGUUUUUAUGGUUUCUGGUUUCAGUAUGGUAUGAACUUUUCAUACCGAUUUGAACUUUGGUUUUUAUGGUAUAUACUGAAAAACCGAACGGUUAACCGAAUAAACCGAAGUAAAAAUAAAUUUAUAUUUCUUGAGAUGAACAACCAUACAAGUUGUCAUUUUUCUUGUACAUGAGUCAAAUUCACUAAUAAGCAUGUAAAAUUUUAUUGUAACAUAGUCAUUUUUCUCUUUUUAAAAUGCUAAGCACGUCCAUAACCAUCAACAGAUGAAUUAAUGCAUGCAUAUAUACUUAUAUAUAUAUAGUCAUAUACUAUUUGUGUAAAAUAGUAUGUGUUUUGAGUCAUAAAUUUGCAAAUUAUUAUUACGUCAUUUUCAAAUUCGCGUCAACUUUGGUUUUUAUGGUAUAUACCGAAACCAUACCGAAAUAAUUUGGUAUAUACCGAAACCGAACUGUAUUUCAAUUUCAUACCGUAUUUACCGAAGUAUUAAUACCGUAUAAACCGAAAAACCGUAUAAACCGAACCAUGUAAACCGAAUAAACCGAACGCACAGGGUGAACACCAGGGCAACCGCACCGACCAGUGGGACAGAUGGAGCGGUGGGUCACACGACGAGUGCAUGACUGAAGUGAACAACGUGUGUGUGUCGCUGCCCAGUGGGCCAGAGGGGCUGGUAGCGGCCUGCGUGCCAUGGUGGCGUUAUAGGCGGCCGUCUCCGCGUGUGUGAGGGUUAUGUUGUGUAAUGACAAUUUAUGUCGAACGAGAGAAGCUGCUAUUCCUCGCGUAUCCUAGAUCCCCUUUCUCCUUGUUCUUCCUGCCUCCACUCCUCCUUCCCUAGAUCACUAGAUGUUAGAUGAAAGGCUAUUCAGGUGUGUAACGUGACAUAUAUGUCACGUAUAUUGUAUGCAUAUAUUGUAUGCAUGUGUAUCUUAUAAAUGGCGCAGGCUGUUAGGUUAAGUUGAGCCUUAUCUAGUAUAGCUUGAAGUAGGGGCAAAGCUUAGCAA